GUUUCGGUGCGUGCAAGGAUGAGUGACACAAUCAACUUUGGGCCCGCCUGGUUGCGGAAGGUGGCGUCUGAUAGCAACACCACUAGUAACCAUCACAAUGCGAAUAGCAGCAGCAGCAGUCACCACAGCAGCCAUACGAUGCUGAACAGUAACAGCAGCAGCAGCAGCACCAUCGCCAACAAUGCCGGCGGCGGUGGUGGUGCUGGGUUGCAUCAUCAACAUCAUCCGCACCACCACUCGCAGCCGCCAUCGUCGCACCACUCGCAUAGCAGCAGUGGCAGUGGCAUGGGUGGUGGUGGGGGCAGUGCUGCCCUUUCCAAUAGCAGCUCGUAUAGUGGGGGCUCGGGUGGGAACGCUGCAGCGGUUGCCAGUAAUGGCAACGGAUCUGGAGCAGCAACUACGGUGCGGUAUCCGUUGGCCGAGUUCCGAUAUGGGCGAGAGGAGAUGUUGGCCCUGUUCGAUGGAAGAACGAUCAAAACGCCGGAUAUACUGGUAAACUACAAGAAUUUGUUCGUCGACAAGCCGCAACCACCACUUGCCCUGACGCCCUGCCCGGAAGAAGAGUUGACUGUUGAACCGGAUACAAGACGCAUUUGGCAAUCGAGAAGCAUUUCACUUGGAAUUCCCGGCCGUGGUGCUCGUGGUGGUUCGGUGGAUCGCGGUCGAGGACGUGGAAGGGGCGUAUAUACCAGCUAUCAACGAUCGUCCUCUUUCUACGAAGAUGAGUCCAGAGGCGUAGGAAGAGGUGAACGACCGUGGCUGGAGCGCAACGGAACCGGUGGACUCGGAGGAGAUGUCGAGUGGAACAACUCGUCCUCGAGCCCACGGAAGGAGUAUGGUACGCGUGUCCGCACGAGCGGUGGUGGGAUGGAGAGCUGGCGUCGUUCUCGAACUGAUGACGACAGUUCCGGCGGUGGCACUCUCAGUAAUGGAGUUGGAGAUUGGCGGGCUGGUGGCGGUCCUGGUAGUAUUACGGGCGUAAUGCGCGAGAAAUGGACGCGUUCGACGAGCUGGCGUGACGAGGACAGUACAUCCCAUCACGGAUUGGAGCGUGGCCUGAACGUCAGCGGUAGCGACCGUAUGAUUCCCGGUUAUAAAUCGCGCCUUUCGUCCGGUGGUGAUCUAAACUCAUCCGGCCAUUCGAUGGGUCCGGGUGGGAUGCGUCGACCAAAUUGGGACACGGAUGAGCUGCCGGAGUGGGCUACCGAGAAUCCUUCUGAUUUCGGUGGCAGCUUCGACGCCACUGGUGCUUUCCACGAUUCCGAUAACGAUGGUGAGGGUGGCACUGGUGCCGCUGGUCGAUACGAUGGUAUCGGUGAACCGAACGGCGGUGGCGAAAGCACCCAUAGUAAGGCAAACUAUCAUGCGAAAGACGAAGAUCGGACAAAGGAAAACGUCCGACGUAGGGCGGAAGAAAGUGAUAUCGCAAGAGGCGAGCAUCGCCGGGAUGAUGGUAGAGAAGACAAAGUUUCCGACGUGCUCCGUACCGAAGGGUCAACAGUUGUCAAAGGAAGAGAGGGAAAGAAAGCGAUCAAUCAUGUAGGCAGUGGUAGCAGAGCUAACGAAACGGUGGAAGCGGAUGGUACGAAGGUGGACGGCGACCCACACAAAGAUAAACAACAAAUGGGCAGCAGUGAAUCGCUACACCAGCAACAAACAGCACAUCACCAGCAACAACAGCCAGAUAAGGCAGUGAUUAAUCUUUCGACGGAUCAUCCUGUCGAUGCCGCUAACGAUGGUCCUGCAACAGCAUCGUCGAGUGCUGCAAAGGGUAUUUCGUCUUCGCGGGAAUCGAUCGAAUUUUCCGUUCCAUCGCCAGUUGGUGGCGCACUUCCAGCGACGGAACGAGAUGUGGGACACAAUUCACCUGCGUGGCAGAAGAACAGCGAUGGUACGAAAAGUGCAAUUGUAAGUGAUGGCGGAAAACAAUCAUUGUCUUCCGAAGAGCGAGAUACGAGAAACGAGAACGACGCGAAUGAGGAACAUAACCGACCCACCGAGCAACGGGAACCGAGUGAGGAACCGAAAAAAUCUCCAUCGAGCACGAGCGUCGACCGGAUGCAGGAAGUUGCAGAUGACAUGGUCGCUCAACUCAUCAUGGACGAUGAGUUUAUGGCGACUGACGGUGACCCAUCGGUAAUUUCCUCUAUCGCCGCUGGUGCCGGUGGCCUCGGCAAGUCGCCUGUAUUUGGAAUGUCGGUCGCGGAUACGGUCAUUACGACCGCUACAAUGGUGGGAGCGUCAGCAGGACUACCGAUGAACAUGGUUUUACCGAAGGCGCUCCAACCGAUGCAGCAACUGUUUGGCAAUGGCAAUUUGUCGCAUGUCAAUCCCCUGCUAAUGUCGGAUGCUGGUACUGCGAACCGUGCGGCUGUGGCGGGUGUUAAUCCUAUGGCACAGCUGCAUCACUUGAUGGGGCCACCUCCCGCUCCGCCUGGUACGGACACUUGGUACUAUCGCGAUCCGCAGGGCAAGGUACAGGGACCAUUCCAGGCAGCGGAAAUGACGGAAUGGUACCGUGCUGGGUACUUCGAUGAUUCGCUAUCGGUGAGACGAGCUUGCGAUGACGUUUACAGUACGCUCGGCACUUUGGUGGCGCUGUGCGGUGGAGCAAUUCCGUUCCUGAACUCAAUCACGAUUCCGCCCCUUAAAGCGGGUGCCGGUGGACCAUCGGUAUUGAAACAUUCUCCGCAACAACAAGCGACGCAGCAACAAACGGCAGCCGGCGUCGGGACGGUGUCUCAAGGGCAGCCGAAACAAGGGGCGGCGGGUGCUAAUGGAAGUGCAGUGCUGACUUCACCGAAUCAGCCCCAAUCGCAACCAGCCGGUUCGGCGGGUGCUCCAAUUCCGGUAGCCCAGUCCCAACAAGUCCCUUUGCAUCCUGCACUCGCAUCUGGAAACGGGAACGCGGGUCCGGGAGCUACCGGCGCCUCGAACGUGCCCGGACUACAGUCCUUGCAUCUGUUCCGGCAGCAGAGUUUGCUGCUGCAGAAGCUGCAAAACACGGACGGCUGGCAUUUACUAACGCCCGAUCAGCAGAACAUAAUUAUCACCAAGCACAUGAGCCAGCUAAUGAGUUCCGAAGUAGCUGGUCUGGGUAUGAUGUCCCCCUCGGCAUCUUUAUCUAGCGGCGGUGGGUCCGGUGCUAAUCAGCUGCACCAGCAGCAACAGCAACCACCAGUUGCUAGCAUUUUUGGCGCUGGCAACUCUGGUGUUGGUGGAAGUGGUAUAAUGGCAACGAGUCAAGAUACCCUAGUCAACUUGAAGCUACGGGAAAUGCAACAACAGCAAGGUCAACCACAGCAACAACCACCACCUGCACAUGUGAUAAUGGAGCAGUUGCAAAAGACGGGCGCUGGUAAUCAUGGUAAUAAUGCCUUCUUAAAGCUACACUUACCCGAUUUCAAUCAGUCUCCACAAUUAGCCGGUGCAAGACCAAUGCUGGGCAAUAUGGCAGUCGAUCCGUCAGCCGCCGCCGCUGCUACUGGAGGACAUGACCCGCUGGGACAAUUGAUGCAUGGCAUUGGUUUCAAUCAUCAAACAGCGGGACAAAACCUUGGCCAACUGGGGCCAAAUAACUUGCUGUUGAACCGCAGCGGCAUGUUGGGAGGUCCAGGUGGUGGUAUUUCGCAGCAACAGCAGCAGCCCCCAACGCAACAUCAGCAGCAAGGUCAUCCAUCCGGAGCAAAAUCCGGUGUGGAAGAUCCGAUACAUUCGCUGUUCAUGCAAAUGUCUUUGCAUAAAAACCAACAGCAAGGUCCGCAACAAAUGCAGCCUCAUCAGCAUCAGCAGCCGUCUUCCAAAUUGGCUGCCGAUAUGAUGGGAGCACCGGGCUGGAUGCAGACAGCUGCUGCCAGCCAACCACAAUCGGCAAAUGCCGGUACUGGGCUACCCGGUAUGGGACCACGCGGUCCAAUUGUUGGUCCGUCUGCCAAUUGGGGCGACCUACCACCUCCCACGAGUGCCUCAUUCGCGUCGCUAAUGCAGCAACAACAAUCCCGUCUACCAAUCACCGGGCAUCCGCUGUUGUUAAGUGGAAGCGGUCCUUCAAAUGAACCGCAGGCGCCAUCUGUGGUUUCUUUAUUUAAGCAUCAUCAGCAAGCGGAAAAGCAACAGCAGAUGGAAAAAGAGCAGCAUCUUUUGCAACAACAACAGCAACAACAACAACAGCAGCAGCACCAGCAGCAACAGCAGCAGCAGCAGCAACAACAACAACAACAACAAUUGCAACAGUUACAUCAGGAGAAUGUACUUGCUCAACAAAAACAGCAACAUCAUCAACAACAAUCACACACACAUCUUCAAGAAAAUCAGCAACACCUGCAGCAACUUCAACAGCAACAAAUGCAACAAAUUCAGCAACAGGAACAACAGCAGCAGCAGCAGCAACAGCAGCAACAGCAACAACAACAACAGCAGCAGCAAGAACAACAAUUACAUCAACAACAGCAACAGCAGCAGUAUAAUCAAAAGCAAGCGAAGGAGGGUCAAAAAAAGGAAGUCACUGCCAUGGAAACGACUGUACAGCAACAGUCUAGUACCACUAAGAAGCAAACUAAUAAGCAACAGCAACAACAACAGGUUACGAAUCAUGUUGAUUCCCUGGAGGAAAAAACUACGCUAUCACAAAAUCAAAAAUCUAAAAAGCAACAAAAAGUUAAUCACAUCUCUGCGAGUGGUAACAGUAACGGACAGGUAACAAUAACAACUGAGGAAGAAAGCGAAUUCAUUAUCGUUAAAAAAGAAAUAGAAGAAAAGAAGCGCCAGAAAGAGCUUAAAAAACAACAGCAGGAAGAGCAGAAGCGAAAAAUGGCCGAGGAGAAAAAAAUGCAAGAGGAGCAUGAAGCUCAGAAGAAAGCGAAAUUGCUUGAGUCCCAGCGUCGAGAAGCGAUUAAAAUCCAGGAGCAACAACAACAGCAACAACGCCCUGUCGCUAGGGCUGUACCAGCACCAUGGUCUGGAGCAAUGGCAGAAAUAGUUAAUAGUAGCCUGAGCUUAACGGAAAUUCAAAAGACCGAGCGUGCCCUCAUGGCUCGCCGGGAGCACAGCAUUCGCGAACAGCAGGAGCACCAGCAAAUGUUGGAGAUGCAAUCGCAGCUGUUGGAUGGCAAGCUGAAGUGGAACGCCCAGAAUUUGAUGCCGGCAAAGGUGAAACCAUUGGCAGAGAUCCAAGCGGAAGAGGCUGCGGCGGCUGAACGUGCCAGGGAGAAGAACGCUAACGCGACCGGCUUAACGGUGGCAGCGAUUGCUGCCCAAGGCAGUGCCAAAAGCGCCAAGAAAGAUGAUCAUUUGAUGGCCACCCUUCUGGGUGGUGGUGGUGGCGGUAGUGCGGCAGGAGCUGGAUCAGCGGUUUGGCAGAUCCGCGGAGGCAAUAGUAUGCUAUAUUUCAACUCCACUAAAGCGUGGACCGGAGAUACCGCCGGUGAUGCGGGAAAUCCGCUUGGUGGAGGAUCAGUGGGUUCUGGGCUCAGCAAUAGCGUUAGUUCCGGUGGCUUCUGGGAGGAACCUAGUCAGCCUUCGGUUGUUACUGCCGCUUCGAUUGUUGCUGCUGCUGGUAAGGCUGCUGGCAAUACUUCUCGAAAGCAAUCAAGUAGCACCAAUGUUGCGGCCGGAGGAGCAUCGGGCAAACAACAGCAGCAACAACAACUGUUGAGCAAGAGCAAAACAAUGGGAAGCAUUUCCACCAGUUCGUCGACGACAGUGGCCACCGCCAAGCAGCAGAAGCAGCAAUCGUCCACGUCAUCAGCAAAGGGAAGCGGCUCAUCUAGCACCGGCAAGACGGGCGGCAUUAAAAAUAGCUCUUCUACUGCUAACAACAGCGAUCGGAAGGACGAACGGAAGCAUCUGAACGAGCAAACAAAUGAAUUUACCGACUGGUGCACUCGGGCCCUGGGUUCAUUGAACAGCAACGUCGACAUUCCAACAUUUGUCGGAUUUCUACAGGACAUUGAAUCACCGUUCGAGGUGAAGGAUUAUAUUCGUUUAUACUUAGGUGAAACUAAAGAGUGUUCGGAAUUUGCUAAGCAGUUUCUGGAAAGACGCUCGAAGUACAAAAAUCAGCAGCGCCAAAAGAAUGCCCACAUCGAUGAUAUGUGCAAACCCGCACCAGCGAUAAAUCCAUCGUCAAACGAUUUCCAAGAAAUCAAGGGUAAAGGUAAGAAGAUUAAAAAAAAUAAGAUGAUGAAGCUCGACAGUCGAAUUUUGGGAUUUUCCGUCACUGCGGCACCGGAUCGGUUAAAUGUUGGCGAACGAGACUACGGAGAUAACGUUUAAGCAACAGCCUCAUCAAGGCUUCAAACUGUGUACAUGUGUGUAUUUGUGGGUGUGUGUUCAUGCAAAAAAUGCACUAAGGACAAUAGGUGUGGCAAUAAUAAAUUCCCCUAGAGGGAAUCAGGAGGUUUAUUCGUUUUUCAUCAGUUUCUAUAAACUGUGUCGGCGACAAUACAGAGCUUAGCGAUUCGUUAUACAUUGUUUAAAGUGAAACAUUGCAAACUAGGUUUACUGGCUAGUUACUCUAAAACAAAUAACUCAAAGCAUGCUACACUCACCAUGUGGGUGUAUUUAUUCGGAAUUAAUCGUCGAUGGAUAUAGUCGACGGGCAACCAGUUUCUUACUGCUUCUUAUGAUUGUAAAUCAUACCAGAGCCAAAACUUUGAAAAAUGGUUUCUCUUGGAAGCAUGAUUUAUGUUUUCUGUAUCAGCUUGGUAUAGAUUUUCACAUGUGUUCGAUUGUUCCAUUCCGAAUCUAACUAGAAUGGCUUGCCAGUUUAAGAACAUCGUUAAGUUGGAAGGUUUUCUUUUAUGAUUCGAAAUGCAAACAAUCAUAUUAACGGAAAUCUAGGAAAAAAUGUGUGGCAUGUUUUGUUUGAUGUGUUUUUGUAUAUUUUUUAUUCAUUCGUUUAAAUGUCGAAUAUAAUUAAAACAUUCGUUUGAAGCUGUCAUUAUUUGUUCGUUGCACAUUACAAUGCAUUUCUAAAACUACGAAUCUUGCUCUCAAGCUAUUAUACUAGUAGCGAACAGCUAUAUUAUUCUGUCACAUUAUCGUUAAACAAAUCAUUUAACUCGAUAUUCGCUCGUAUUGCAUCUAAGAUGAAAAGUUGUUUCGAAAGAAUAUCGAAUGGUGCUGGAAAUACUUUGAAAAAGACAAAGGUUUGUUCUUUCAACUUGCUACUUUGUGCAGCUAGUGCUGCAUGUAGUAUUUCUCUAUCGAUCGAUUCAUUUGAGCAUCUUUUAAAGCGAUUCUUUGAGCUAAAUUUACUUUGAAAAUUUAAACACACACACAUGAUAUGCAUGCAAUACAAGUUUGUGCAUAUGUUAGAAACAUGUACCGUAAUUUCUCCUGAUCGUCAGUCUCUACAAUGGCACCAGAGGAGGGUGAUGGUGUUGUGCAGUAAGAAAAUAAACAUUUUACAGUGCUUCCAUCGCUAAGCUGUUGAGCAAGGAAAGCUGUUAGAAUAUCAGUUAACCCUGCUAGGUGGGAUACUAAAUCUAUCGGAUUGCUACUAGCAACGAAGAGGAGGUAGCGCACGGAAGUUUGCUGCUUUGCUGUUGAGGAAAAUCCUAAGGUACUGUACAUUUACAGCAAAUGGCAUGAAGCGAAAUAAAAGGAAGGAUAGUUCUCAAGUGAUAACCAUAUUAUCUUCGGGACUGAACUAGUAUGAAAAUCGAAAACAAAAGAAAAAACGCAUCAGGAUGAUAUUGUUUCGUUUUUUGCUUGAUAUAAGACGCUUCUCUCCGUGAUCAUGAUUGUAUACUCAUCGGAUUAUUUAUGCCGUGUACCCAUAAAAUCAAACAUGAUAUCCCUUUGGCUAGAAUGAUGAUCACCUUCGGAGUUGAAAACUCUUUCGCAGCAGCAGUUACAGGUAGUGGACGGAGAAAAUAUGUUAUACGCCUUCAUUACGGGAGGCUCUCAUAUUCUGUUAACUCCUAUUUUCACUUACAUUUAAUAGACGGUUUUCUAAGAAAAGAAGUAAAUAAAACGUCGAGUAAUAAAGGAUCAUCUUGCGCUUUGGAGGUUUAUGUAAUUUAGGUUUUUAUGUUUGUUUUAAUUUACGAUUUAAAUGUACAUUUCAAGCUACGAAAUAAAGACCCAGUAAUGAGUAAUAUGAUUGUGUGCAGAAAAAUAAUUCAGAUCAUAGUUGCGCUUAAGAACAAGCUAAAUCACAUCACAUACGACUCACUUCCUACAUGAGAAAAGUUUUUGUGGAAAAGAGCAGAAUAAUGUGAAAUACACAUAAUCCUUUGUUAACAGAACAGAAGAGUCGAGUGUAUUAUGUUUGACUACAGUGAAUAAAAACAUAUAAGGUAUGACCAUUCGUUAUUAUCGGGCAUAUAAGUAACGAACCUGACUAAGGAACAA